CAAUCAGUGGCGCGUGUGUUAAAAAGUGACUCUAUUUGCAAAAACAAGUCAGUCGUCGGCCGAAACGCGGUGCGGAGGAAGAACCGAGAGGAGGCGAAGCGAAAAAAUCAUCCACGGUCUGGUGAACAAAAAACAGCAGAAAAAUGGCGCUCACCGAGCCGAACGUUUACUAUCACCCUCACACGUCCGACCUGCGGAUUGAACGACCCUACUACAGUCAGGAAAACUUGCACGAAGCCACCGAUUACUCAAAACCCAAAAUCAACAGGGCUAAAGAAUUUUUGAAGAACACAUUCAGUGACAUUCGACCACUCAAGGCCAUCCGCAAUGUGCUUCCGAUUUUCACCUGGUUGCCUACCUACGACUGGAAGCUUGACUUUCCGUGUGACAUCAUUGCCGGUGUCACUGUUGCCAUCAUGCACAUCCCUCAGGGUCUUGGCUACGCGCUGCUGGCCAGCGUGCCCGCCGUCGUCGGAAUCUACAUGGCCUUCUUCCCCAACAUCGCCUACUUCUUUCUCGGAACCUCCAGACACAAUUCUAUGGGUACUUUUGCUGUGAUCACUCUGCUAGUCGGUCGGUCUGUGGUGGAGUUUUCUCAAAAUCCAGCCUACACUCAUUCCGUGGCGACGGAGGUGAACGGAACUUGGGUGUACAAAGAUGUCAUGUACACAAAUUUGGAAGUUGGCUGUUCCGUCACCCUCAUAGUCUCAUUCUUCCAUUUCAUCAUGUACUUUUUCCGCAUGGGAAUUGUGUGCUCGUUGCUGUCGGACGCGCUUGUCAACGCUUUCAUCUGCGGCGCCGGAGUGCACAUUUUCACUUCGCAGAUCAAAGAGGCGGUCGGUGUCAAACCCAAGAGGUACAGCGGGGCCGGCAACAUCAUUUUUACGUGGAUUGAUAUGGUAACCCUUCUCAUUAACGCAACGGACAAAACCAGACCUGCAAUUUUCGUCGCGCUUAUCAUCACAGCGAUUUGCCUGUCAGUUCUGAUUUUUAACUUUUAUGUCUUAAAGCCCCAACUUGAAAAAAUAACCCGCAUCCCCUUUCCCAUGGAACUGGUGCUCGUCGUGGCCGGCGUGUUUGCGGCCACAGGGCUCGAGCUCAAGAAAAGCUACGGCACGGCCGACAUCGGGAACAUCCCAAAAGGAAUUCCAGGGCCCAUUUUUCCGUACUUGUACUUAUUCAAGGAGUUGCUGCUCAAUUCUUUUGUCACGUCCGUGGUCGCCUACGCCGUGUCUAUGUCGAUGGCUCUCCUUCUGGCCGAGGGCGAAAAUUAUGAAGUGGAUCCCAAUCAAGAGUUCCUUGCUCACGCUGUUGGAAACUUCUUUGGCUCGAUUUUCUCAUGCAUUGUCUACGGCGCCUCCUUAUCAAGAAGCAUGGUGCUGAGGGGUGUUGGCGGCCGCACGCAAAUGACAGCCCUGGUGGCUGCGGGGAUUAUAGUAAUAAUACUACUAUGGAUAGCGAACUUUUUCGAGCCUUUACCCAGGUCAGUCCUAGCGUCGAUCAUUAUGUUCGCCCUCCGCAAAAUCCUAAUGCAAGUGACUGACCUGCCUCGAUUCUGGCGACACUCGCGUCUCGACGGCGUCAUCUGGGUCAUCGUCUUCCUCUCGUGCGUCCUGGUGGACAUCGACUACGGCCUGCUCAUUGGCGUCGUCCUCUCCAUCGGAGCCAUUUUCCUCCAGGGUCUCAAGGCCUACACUUGUGUCAUCGGCAACAUACCCAACACCGACCUUUUCCUCGACGUUGCCAGGUACAAGGCGGCCAGGCAGUUUGCGGGCAUCAAGAUGAUCCACUAUCAGGGCGCGCUAAACUUUGCAACUAGAGGGCACCUGAAAGAGGAAGUCAUCAGGCUGAGCGGAAUCAACCCGCAAAAAGAGAAGCGCAGAUUAAACAGGGAAAUGAAGAAAACCGAGAAAAUGCUCAAAAAACAGAAUGGUGGCCCUGAAGCGGGAACUUCAAGAGCUCUGGAGGGAGCAACAAAUAUUGCAUUUGUUGGAGACCACACCGAAAUUACAGUUCCUCAAAGGACCUACUGCAUCAUCCUGGACUUCUCUUCAUUGAGCAGCAUCGAUCCUGCUGGCAGUGGGGCCCUGAAAAAGGUGUUCACCGAGUACAAAGACAUUGACAUCGCCGUCUACACUGCUGGUUGCCUAGGUCCCGUUUUCGAGCAAAUUAAAAAGUGCGGCUACACCGAGGGCGAAAAUGCCAUUCCCUUGUUUCCGACGAUCCCGGACGCCAUUCACUUCGCCCAAAACAACAUUCCGCAGUUGAAGCCUGCCCCGCAUAGCCAACCAAUCCAGUUUGGCCGCUUUACAAAGCAAAUCAAUGCAAAGUGCCUCACAAUAAUCAGAGCAAUAAAACUCACGCUGCCAAAGCAAACAUUAUUUUUCAAAGGCACACAGCAGCAUUAUGUUUUUCACCGUCACUGUCUUGCUGAUAAUUGUUUGCUCUCGAGAAAGAAUUUUCGCUUCACUCACCUCAUGAAAGGCACGAUGGAGAUGACAUUUCUAGUGAAGAAGAAUAGCAGUUCGCAACCUCAACAACAGUCCAGUCUAGGAAGCGUCAUCAACGAAAGGGAAAUUUCCGGCGUGCGAAACUCGCAUAAAAUGCAUUCGUCUAUCAAAGAGAUUAUUGCAGUUUUGCUUGCUACCCUGUCAGCUUUGGACAAUGGGUUAAUUUUAGGAUAUUCAGCCACGGCUCUACCCCAGCUACAGCACCCAGAAAGUUGGCUCAAAGUUACUCCAGACGAGGCAUCAUGGAUAGCCAGCUUGCCAGCAUUGAGUUUCGCCGUCGGUAGUGCUCUGGGUGGAUUUUUGAUGGACAGGUUUGGACGGAUACGGACAUUGCAAAUCCAUGCAGUGCCCUGUUUUGCGGGUUGGGUCCUUCUGGCCCUGGCGCCAAACGUCGAGAUUAUCUACGCAGGACGGCUCUUGACUGGCUUAGGAGGCGGAAUGUUCGACUCGACGGCUCAGGUUUUUGUUAGUGAAGUGACGACGCCGCGCGUCCGCAACUUCAUGGCUCCGACGGCGAGGGUGACUUACGCCACUGGAUUGUUCCUCGUCUACACUUUUGGCGCGUUCAAUCUUCAGUGGAACAUGGUGGCAGCGAUCAGUGCGUUGGUCCCUCUGGUGCACUUCUUUGUACUUUUCGCCCUUCCUGAAAGUCCGGUGUGGCUUUGGAGGAAAGGAAAAACUGUAGAAGCGGAAAGAGCGUUGAAGUGGUUUGGACGAAGCGUUGACAGUUUCAAAUGCGUCGAUGAAGAGCCUUCCAAAGUCGAUGACCUCGACGGUCCAUCGCCCUGGCAAUCCUUGAUCUCCAAGAGCUCAAGACGUCCUGUUUUGACCAUGCUGUUCUUCUUCGCGUUCCAACAGUUCAGCGGCAUGAACGCCGUCGUCUUUUACGCAGUCCAAAUGUUCCAGAGUGCCGAAGCGGGUCUGCUGACCACCAACCAGUCGGCCAUGGUCAUCGGCGCCACUCGCAUUCUGGUCAUCCUCAUCAGCUGCUUCCUUCUGGCCCACAUGGGCCGCCGGACGGUCUCGCUCAUCUCAGGGGCCGGAAUGGCCGCCUCUAUGCUCUCCCUGGGCGCCGUCAUCCUCGUCAAAGAGACUCCACCGUUGGCCGCGUCUGUUACUUGCAUUGCAGGCUUCAUCGCUUUCAACACUUUUGGAUUUUUUACGAUUCCGUGGGUGAUGCUGGGUGAGGUAAUGCCCGAAAGAUGCAGAGGACUGGCCUCCGGGCUGAUAGCCGGUGUUGUGUACAUCUACAUUUUCAUUGUGGUGAAAUGUUACCCAUACGCUUUGAGCGCAUUCGGCGAGGGCUCCGUCUUUGUGAUAUUCGGAAUUGUAUCCUUGACGGGGGCGUUAUUUGUGUAUUUCUUUUUGCCAGAAACGAAGGGCAAAACGCUUCAGGAAAUUGAGCAGUCUUUUCAGAAAUAAGAUCUCUUAAUUAACAAUUUAUGGCAAAUUUGUUAAUUCAUACUAGAAAGUCCAGAAAAAUAAUUUUCAAAAUCUCGCAGCAUUUGACCAAAUUUUUAAUUUUUAACGAUUAUUUGAAAAUAAAAAAAUAAACCUUCUCCUACUUGACGAAAACAAUUUUCAUGGUAUUGAUAAUAUAUUAAAUUAUAUAGUUUCUCUUGCAAAUUUUUUUAUUGCA